AAUAAAAGAAAAUUGAACCCAAAACACUUUCUCUUCGAUUCCUUUGAAGCUCUCAAAGCUUCUGUGCAGUGGGAGAGGGAGGGAGAAAGAGCCCCCGAUACAGAUACGACGCGAAAGAGAUCCACCCAUGGAUUCAAUACGCAGACAUUAGCUUCUCGGGCAUACAGAUUCGUAUCAAAAUCGCAUUUUGUGUAAAGGAUUUCGUAUCCAAAGCCAAUAUAUAUUUGGCUUCAUAGAAACUGAUAUUGGGUGAAUUUGGGGUUGUGAAUUGGAAGUUCGGGUGUUGGAAGAAUUUGGUGAUAUUGUAGUGUUGUUUAGUGACCUUCGUUUUACUGGUUAAGCGGGCAAAGGGGGAAGCAACUUGUGCACGAAAAUGGCUGAUGAUGCAGCAGCUUUGGCAGAGGCUGCAGGAUCAAGAUUUAGUUCAUUGGAGCUAAUUGGAAGAGGAUCGUUUGGUGAUGUGUAUAAAGCGUUUGAUAAAGAGCUUAACAAGGAAGUUGCAAUUAAAGUAAUUGAUUUAGAAGAAUCAGAGGAUGAGAUUGAGGAUAUUCAGAAGGAAAUUUCAGUUUUGUCACAAUGUCGAUCUCCUUAUAUUACAGAGUAUUACGGUUCCUAUCUCCACCAGACAAAACUUUGGAUAAUAAUGGAGUACAUGGCCGGUGGCUCUGUUGCUGACCUACUCCAAUCAGGUCCUCCACUGGAUGAAAUGUCAAUGGCAUGUAUUCUUCGUGAUCUGCUGCAUGCAAUUGAAUAUUUACAUAAUGAAGGAAAAAUUCACAGAGAUAUCAAAGCGGCAAACAUUUUAUUGACAGAAAAUGGCGAUGUUAAGGUGGCCGAUUUUGGUGUUUCCGCACAACUUACAAGGACAAUAUCAAGGAGGAAGACAUUUGUAGGAACACCAUUCUGGAUGGCUCCAGAAGUAAUCCAGAAUUCUGAAGGAUAUAAUGAGAAGGCAGAUAUCUGGUCUCUGGGAAUCACUGCUAUUGAGAUGGCAAAAGGGGAACCACCACUUGCUGAUCUUCACCCAAUGAGAGUUCUCUUCAUUAUACCUCGAGAAAAUCCACCUCAGUUGGAUGAGCAUUUUUCUCGGCCAAUGAAAGAAUUUGUUGCACUUUGUUUGAGGAAGGUACCAGCUGAGCGUGCAAGUGCCAAGGAACUUCUAAAGCACCGUUUUAUUCGGACUGCAAGGAAGAGUCCAAGGCUUCUUGAGAGAAUAAGAGAGCGUCCAAAAUACCCUAUCAAGGAAGAUGCUGACAGCCCUAGAAAUGGUCCUACAGCUAGAGGGGAGAUAUCUAGUACUGUGAAAGUGACAAGAAAUAUAAGAGAUGAAACUGUUGGAGCUAGUGACCAGGGUAAGACCACGAAAAAUGCUGGUUGGGAUUUUAGCAUUGGAGCACAGGGUACAGGUACUGUUAGAAGUGUUCCAAAACUAAAACCACCGCAGGCAAGAGAGAGAAAGCCAGAAGGCAGUCAGAUUACCCCUGGAAGAGCCCCAGAGAGUACUAACCAACGGUUCUCGGCGUCUGGGAAUGCUCUUCAAGAAUCACGUGAAGAUUAUUUUUUUAGGAAUGGUAGAGAUUCAUAUCAUGAUGAGUCAAAUCCUGAAGAUGAUGAAUUGACUGUGAGUGGGUCAGGAACUGUUGUUAUACGAACUCCCAAAGGAUCCCAACCAUCUACUCAGUUUCGUGAUCAAAACUCUCUGUCUAGCGGCACAUAUGCUUCAUAUGAAGAUACUUCUUCCAGUGGAACUGUUGUUUUUCGUGGUCAACAUGAUGAUUCUGAUUCUCCUCGAACGCCUAAAUCGAGGCUGGGAAUUCAAGAGAAAACAUCAACUGCCUCAAACGAAGACAGUGCCAUUAAUCUUGCAGAGGCAAGGGCCGCAAUUCAAGGAGGGAGGAAAGGAAAUGCCAGAGAUAGGUCUGCACUUAACAAGAUCAACUAUGAUGCGCAUGAUAAUAGAAGAGAGCAGACGACAAGUAGCUCUGAUUCUUCCAGACAAUCUCAUGAAUACUUAGAUGCCCCAAAGGCAUUUCCAAGAUCAUCCCAAUCAAGUGAUGACGAAGAAAGUGCAAAAGUUAUAUCAUCGUCUGCAGCACUUUCAAUAUUGCUUAUCCCUUCGUUAAAAGAGGCCAAUGCUGAUGAUUCAGAAGCGUCAGCUGUGCGUUCUGUUGUAAAUUCGCUGGUCAAGUUGGAGAGUUUGAAGCCGGGAUCUUCUGAAGUUUUUGUCAGCAAAUUGCUUCAGCGAUUAGCAAGUUCAAAAGGUCCAAAGGAAUCUCCAUUGAAAGAUCUACAGGAGUUGGCUGCUCACAUCUUCGCUAAGGGCAAGACAGCUGCUGGAGAAACACAAAAUGCAGAAACUGAUAACAAGAAAAGGCAGCAGAACAAGGAAUUUCAAUCCAAUGCAAAUAUAAGCCCACUCGCAAGAUUUUUGCUCUCAAGAUGGCAAGGGCAAGUCUCGCGCGAUCUCAACCCGGUUUGAAAGAGGUUCGAGUAGCGAUUGGAUAUUUAUUUUUGUAGUGUGAUUCCUGUUUAUGCAUUAUACUGGUUUGAUGUACAUAUCAGUGUAAGAAACUCUGCAUUUUUCAUCUGUUAUGAUUAAUUUUUUUAAUAACAUUUUUGUUUGGGAGUAGCCAGCAUUGAGUUUAAUUAGGGGUUUGCUAUUGUUUUAUCAUCGUUGUAAUGUUACCAAAAUUGGUUAUAUUUAUUCAUAAUCAUAUUAUUGGUCGUGGUUUUUGUGGAA